GAAAUUUUGUGUAAAAAUUUUGCCGACAGAUGCCCUUACUGUUAGUUCACUGAACGAGCAUAUUGUGCGUAUAGUUUGUGUGACAUGGCUACGAGUAAUACAGAAGAAAUUGAGGAAGUUGAAAGGAAGGAGCAAGAAGUAGUAAACUUCGAUGAAUUCCCCCCAGAAGUUUUAAUCAAACAUCCACUUCAACAUACAUGGACUCUUUGGUAUUAUGAACCAGAUAGAAAUAAAACAUGGGAAGAAAGUCAAAGAAAAGUUACAAGUUUUGAUACAGCUGAAGAUUUCUGGAGUUUAUAUAAUCAUAUAAAGGCAGCAUCAGAAUUAAAACAAGGUUGUGACUAUAGCAUGUUCAAACAAGGAAUCCGGCCCAUGUGGGAAGAUAAUGCCAAUAAAUGUGGUGGAAGAUGGCUUAUAAAUUUAGAUAAAAAACAAAGAAAUACAGAUUUAGAUCACUUUUGGUUAGAAACUCUUUUAUGUAUGAUUGGUGAAGCAUUUAAUGGAUAUUCAGAUGAUAUUUGUGGAGCUGUUGUAAAUGUAAGGCAAAAAGGAGAUAAAAUUGGUGUAUGGACUGCAAAUGCUAAUAGUGAAGAUAGUGUUAUGGAAAUUGGACGUAAAUUAAGAGAAAGAUUAAAAAUUGCAUCCAAAGUUACUAUAGGCUAUCAAAUACAUAAAGAUGUUAUGGUCAAAGUAGGAAGUCAAACAAAAAAUGCUUAUGUUGUUUAAAUCUUAUUAAUGUUAUUAUCACUAUUCAUUAAAAAUUUUUCAAAUAACAA